UACAACAGUUUUGUAGCAAAUGUAAUCCAGGCAGUAUUUGGACACCCUCAGCGCGCAGGACCUCUUCAGUCCACUAUGGCGGCGCCCGGUGGAGUUCUGAACUGUGAGGACUUUUCAAUGUUUCAGGAAGUAUUAAAAGUGAUGCGCACCAUAGAUGACAGAAUUGUCCAUGCCCUCAAUACCACUGUGCCCACUGCAUCCUUUUCAGGCAAAGUGGACGCCACACAGACCUGCAAAGAACUUUAUGAAUCUCUCAUGGAAGCUCAUCUUUCCAGAGAUAAGGCAAUAAAGUCAUGUAUUACAGAGACCUCUGCUGUUGUUGGGCAGUUACGUGAAGAGAGGGCAAAAGAUGGCGACAACUUGUCAGUUAUCAAGCAACUCAGGAAAGAGCAAACUAAGUUAAAACUCAUGCAGUCUGAGUUAAAUGUUGAAGAAGUGGUCAAUGACCGGAGUCCAAAUAACGCGUUCUAA